UAAAUGCUUGAGCUCUCCUCUUCCUUUGUGCUUUGACUUUGACUGCCUCUCUCUCUCUCCCCCUCUUCCUUCCACCAAACCAGACCAAAUCCAUUUCAUUCAAGUCUCCCAAUUCCAAAUCUCAAAAUCUCUUUUUUUUUUCUUCUUAAUUAUCCUUCUCAGUGUGUACAAUUAUAUCAAUAGUUAGAUUGAGUGAUUGAUUGACAUCAAAGUUUCAGAAUUUCACAUCGCCAUCUAAUCGCCGGCUCAGUCUCCGUCGCGCCGAUCCCCUCACCUCCGCCUACUUCUCAGCCAAUCGGAAAGUUAUUGAUUUAUUUUAGUGAGCUGAGAAGGGGAAUCCAGAAGGCGAUUCUCUCAGUUCUUUUCGUCUGAGAUCAUGGCUUCCGUAAGUGUGGUUCCUGCUUCCGGUCUAAGAGAGCCCGGUGGAAAUGCAGUCGGUGUCGAUAAUUUGCCAAAUGAGAUGAAUGACAUGAAAAUUAGGGAUGACAAGGAAAUGGGGGCAACUGUUGUUGAUGGUAAUGGAACGGAGGCGGGUCAUAUUAUUGUCACAACUAUUGGUGGAAAGAACGGCCAGCCAAAACAGACAAUAAGCUAUAUGGCUGAGCGCGUUGUUGGACAUGGAUCUUUCGGAUUGGUUUUCCAGGCCAAGUGCUUAGAAACUGGUGAAACUGUUGCUAUUAAAAAGGUUCUUCAAGACAAGAGGUACAAGAACCGGGAGUUGCAAACCAUGCGUCUUCUAGACCACCCAAACAUUGUGUCUCUUAGACAUUGUUUCUUUUCGACAACUGAAAAAGAUGAGCUAUACCUUAACCUCGUACUUGAGUAUGUCCCCGAGACGGCCCAUAGGGUGAUCAAGCACUAUAGUAAGAUGAACCAGAGGAUGCCCCAUAUUUAUGUUAAACUUUACUUUUACCAGAUUUGUAGAGCUCUUGCUUACAUUCAUAAUACUAUUGGAGUGUGCCACAGGGACAUCAAGCCGCAAAAUUUGUUGGUCAAUCCCCAUACUCACCAGCUUAAAAUCUGUGACUUUGGGAGUGCGAAAGUUUUGGUAAAAGGGGAACCCAACAUAUCUUACAUCUGUUCUAGGUACUAUCGAGCACCUGAACUUAUAUUUGGUGCAACCGAAUACACAACAGCCAUUGACAUCUGGUCUGCUGGCUGUGUUCUAGCUGAACUUCUGCUUGGACAGCCCCUGUUUCCCGGAGAAAGUGGAGUAGACCAGCUUGUUCAAAUCAUCAAGGUUUUAGGUACCCCAACGAGGGAGGAAAUAAAAUGCAUGAACCCUAACUACACUGAGUUUAAGUUUCCCCAAAUUAAAGCUCACCCGUGGCACAAGAUAUUUCACAAGCGCAUGCCCCCAGAAGCUGUGGAUCUCGUAUCAAGGCUGCUGCAGUACUCUCCAAACCUUCGAAGUACAGCUUUGGAGGCCUUAGCUCAUCCCUUCUUUGACGAGUUGCGUGAUCCUAACACCCGCUUGCCAAAUGGACGCUUCCUUCCCCCUUUGUUCAACUUUAAGGCUCAUGAACUGAAGGGAGUGCCUGCAGAAAUGCUUGUUAAGCUGAUCCCGGAGCACGCAAGAAAACAGUGCGCCUUCCUUGGGUCGUGACCGUUCUUUGUAGUUGAUGUCUGAUCUGCACAGAAAAAAAGUGGGAUGCUGUAGAACCGUAGCUUCUGACCCAUCUAUAUGCGAUCGUCGAAGUGAAGCUGUAAUAUUUGUUUUUUUUGUUUUAAUCCCUUCUUCUUUGGUCCCUUUAUCUGUCUUUAUAUUAAUCCGAUUAAGCCUUGUAUGUAAAAGAAAGUAGAUUAAGAAGUUUAUUCUGCUUAUUAUGCGCCUCAAAUCUAAAUGGGUUUGCACACCCUUGAUUUUCUUCUUUCUAUUUAUAGAUUGUAACCAGAUCUUCUCACACCUGAUUGGUUUCUGUUAGAUAUUGUUUGUGAGGAGGAAGUACUAAAUUACUCGUUUUUGUA